AUGAGUUGGAAGGCGGCUGGGCAGCUGGUAUCUGGUCCACCGUCCUCAUCACUCCCUUCGAUAUCCUCGAUACCUGUAGGACAACGACUUCGACCGAAUCAAUCCGGAUUGAAUGCAUUUCAACGUGAAUCGUUAUUGAGCAUCUACGGUCCUGAUAAAGACGCGUUAUCUCGAGAGGAGAAGAAUAGGAAGUCUGAUUGGGAUGUAGUGAGGGAACAUCAUAGAUUCAUAAGGGACGAUGAAGAUCCUAGGAAUGUCUCUUGGGAAGAGAGAGUAGCGAGAGCGUAUGAAAGCAAACUGUUCAAGGAGUUCGCAUUAAUCGAUCUCAAGCAUUACAAAUCUCAUUCAUUCGCCCUCCGAUGGCGUACAGCAGAAGAAGUGAUUAACGGUAUUGGAGAAUCUACAUGCGCUUCGCUUCGGUGUAAAUAUCACAAAUCUCCGUCUGACACCAAUCGUUCAAUUGAUCCUAGUCAAUUACGAUUCAAAGAUCCAGAUUCAAGUUCGAUAUAUACCAACACCACCACAAAUGCAAGGGCUUACAACAGACAAUCAGAAGAGAUAGAAAUACAGAUGCCUGAAAUGAGAAGUUUCGAAUUGCCUUUCGUAUAUGCCGAAGGCGGCGAGAGGAAGGAGGCUUUAGUCAAAGUCAGAUUGUGUGGGAAAUGUCAAGGAAAGCUCAUGUGGAAACCGUCUAAGAAGGAAAAUGACAAGGACAAGGAGAAAGGAAAUGGAAACGGAACGCGGGGACCUAGACAUAGAGACAGUGAUACAGAUACGGACAGGGAAGACCGACGUGGCAAGAGGGGAUCAAAAGAGAAAAGCCCAAGCAGAGAUGUGGAAAGAAGAAGACGAAGGAAGGACAGAUCUACUGCGUCCCCGGAUGAUAGCGAAUACGUUUCAUCAAGGAGACAUACAGAUACUCGAGAAAAAAAUCAUGGGAAUAAAAGAAAGGGCACAUAUCGCUCUCGUUCACGUUCACCCUCACGAAAACAUCACGACCAUUCGCGGGAUCGAUCGAACUAA